AUGCGUGGCUAUCGCCCUGUGCCUUGUCUUACUUGGCCAAGAUCAUGCUCGAUCUCCCUAUUGGCCUACUUCUUUCUGGCAUUCGUUGUUGAGACCUCAUUCGCAGUUCAAUUCAACACGAGCCUGAAUUUCAAGACGGUUGGCCAUUAUGUCGCUGCGGGGGCUGCUGUGGCCAACAGCGUUACCAUUCUACUCAUGCCAUUCCGAUCGAGCUCGGUUCCGGUCUUUGACAUCAGUACGGUCGGCCAAAUGCCACGCAGCGACUUUCGCAGUCCAGAGGAUAAUCUCCGACUGUGGCAAUUUCUCUCCGUUUCCUGGAUGGCGCCAUUGAUUUCAUUGGGCCGCAACAGACAAUUAAAUGAACCCGAUGUGUGGCUACUCGGAUUUGAGUUUCAGCACCGCCGCCUCCACGAGAAGUUUCGCCGUCUCAAAGGGUCUGUCCUCAUACGGACCCUGAGAGCUAAUGGUCUUGAUGUUCUCAUCAUCUCGAGUAUUGCAAUUGUGCGGAUGAUCUGCGAUUUUUCGACCCCCGUCCUUCUACAGCAGCUAUUGAAGUCGAUGCAGGACCCGACAAAGCCAAAAAGGGUGCCCUUGACAUAUGCGCUCUUGUCACUGGCCUUGCGACUGGUUGCUGCCCAAUCCCAGGUGCUGAACUUGUGGUAUGGUCGGCGUUGCUACGAACGAUCCAGAGGGGAGAUGAUCAUGAUGGUCUAUGAAAAGGCCCUUUCGCGGAAAAAUAUUCUUGGAGCACAUGAAAAAGCUCAGGAAUUGCUGGAAGAGGAGAAUGAUGCUUCUGGUGGUGAUCUAUCCGCUCAGCAAGAUGCUCCUCCGGCAAACUCUAGAUUUUGGAGUUGCUUCUGCACUGGAAAACGCAAAGCUCAGCCAGAAGAGGUAAAGGAGGCUACAUCACUAGGAAAAAUUUUCAAUCUUUUGCGAGGAGAUGUCUAUGACGUGGCCCAAAGAUACUGGGAAAUUGACAGCCUCAUCGACAAGCCCCUCGGAUUGAUCAUCGCCGUGAUUCUGGUUUGGAUACUCUUCGGUCCAUCUUGUUUCCUCGGCAUCCUGUCUGUCUUGAUUGCCCAAGCAGCAAAUGCAGUAGUUACAAGAAUUCUGCUUCGCUACGAGCGAAUCAAACGGACCGCUACAGAUGUCCGCUUGCAAAUCACCUCGCAAUUCGUGGAAUCUAUUCGUCAUCUUCGAUGGUAUGGAUGGCAAAACCAUUGGAUCCGACAAGUUAUGGAGGCUCGUCAACAUGAAUUGAACCUACGAAUCAUCACUCGUCUAUGGAGUAUAUUGAUCUUGUUCAUUAAUGCAUUCGCAAGUGGAGUUUUCCCUGUGCUGGCUCUGUACGCAUACGCGAUUCUAGCGGGACAUGAGUUGCGCAUCGACAUUAUUUUCCCUGCAUUGCAAUUGUUUUCGAUGCUCGAAAGCCGUCUACGCGAGAUCCCGAACUUGAUAACCACAUUGAUCAAUGCUUCAAUCGCCUUGGGUCGCAUUGAGGAUUUCAUGGCGGAACCAGACAAAACUUACGACCCAAUUGACCCUUUGACCGCCAACAUCCCGUUUCACUUGGAUUCCUGCAGCUUCGCAUGGCCGGGUAAAUCUUCGCCAGUCCUUACGGAUAUUAGUGUCACUAUCCCUAAGGGCCUCACUGUGGUCACCGGCAAAGUAGGAGCAGGAAAGACCGCCUUCCUCCAGUCGCUCUUAGGGGAGCUUGAUCAACUUAAAGGCUCUUCCCAUAUUCCGAAUGAAAUGGUGGGCUACUGCGCUCAGACGCCUUGGCUGCAGAGCAUGAGCAUUCGAGACAAUAUCCUAUUCUCUUCGGCCUAUGACGAGCAGCGGUACAAGAGGACAUUGGAAGCAUGUGCUCUUCUACCUGACCUGUCCCAAUUCAAACAUGGUGAUCUGACUUUCAUCGGCGAAAACGGUAUCGGUCUUUCUGGAGGUCAAAAGGCACGCGUAGCCCUUGCGCGUGCCGUUUACAGUGCUUCUAACGUUCUUCUAUUGGAUGAUCCUUUGUCUGCCCUGGAUCACAAUACAGCCGAGUCCGUCGUUUGGAAAUGCCUUCGCGGACCCUUGAUGCAUGAUCGUAUCGUCGUUCUCGUGACACACCGCACUGCGGCUGUCCUUGAUAUCGCUGACCAGGUCAUCGAGAUUGAUGGGGGACAUUCCACGGUAUACGACAAGGAUGCGAUUGUCGCAUUGGCUCAAAAGAAAGAUACAGGUGCUUCGCUGUUUUUGCGCCAAUAUGGAUCGGACGCUGAGGAUGAGUUCAGCUCGCAAGACGAGGCCAAUGCCGUGCCAGACAAGUUCAUCGAAGAGGAACACCGUGCCGAAUGGGGUGUCAAGGCCCGAGUGUAUUGGACUUAUAUCCGGGCCGGAAAGUAUCGAUGGUGGCUAGCCCUGGUGUUUGUUCUCGCUAUCUAUCGACUCGCGGCAGUUGGCCAAUCGUGGUUCCUCAAGGGGUGGGGCGAAGCCUAUAACCACUGGCAGGUAAUUUUCUCUUUCAACCAGCUGCCAGUCUGGAGCAAGCCGUCUCGAGAAAAUGCCUCCUCGGCAUUGUUAGGCGUGUACCGGAUUCCGCACAAUCCUAUGGACCAGCUUCCUCCUCCUGAUGACGAUGUCCGUCCCUGGCUUUGGGCCUUCCUUGCAAUUAUCACGUUCCAGAUAGCCGUACUUCUUGUUUCUCAGUGCUUGAUGCUCGUCAUUGUUUACUGUGCAGGCAAGACAUUGUUUCAGCAGGUAAUGGUCCGAGUGAGCCAUGCGACUUUCCGAUUCUUCGACGUCACGCCGGUGGGACGAUUAAUGAAUCGCCUAACAUCGGACAUCGGUGUUAUCGAUGGUAACAUCAGCGUACAAUUCCAAAUUAUCGCAUUUUAUGCCAUCACCUGGAUCUCCUCGAUUUUGGUUAUUGCCACGGCGACUCCAGUUUUCCUCGCGUUCUCAUUGAUAUUGACCGUGGCAUUCGUCCUGAUCUUCCUACACUUCCUCCCGACAUCUCAGAGCCUGAGACGACUUGAAAUGGUAUCACUCACUCCCCUCUUAUCUAAUUUUGGAGAAUUACUUCACGGUUUAACAACCGUGCGCGCGUUCCGUGCCGAAGACCGUUUCCAGAGCCGUGUUAUUUCGGUGGUCGACAAGUUCCAAGGAAUGGACCAUUUCUAUUGGUCACUCCAGGCAUGGCUCAUGUAUCGCUUCGAGAGCCUGUCCGCUUUCUCGACGUUCUGUUUGAGUGCAUUGGCUCUUUACACAAACACAACUCCGGGCCUUGUCGCUUUUGUGCUCAUUGCCGCCAAUUUGUUCGUGGAAGCCACACAUGGUCUGUGUAAGCAAUAUGGUCAGCUGCAGAUGGACUUCGUCUCCGUUGAACGUAUUGAUGAAUUGCUUCACGUCGAUGAAGAAGCUCCUGGUACCAUUGAUCCGCCAGCUGCAUGGCCGACAUACGGCAGCGACGUCAUUUUUGAGAAUGCCACCAUGCGCUAUGCUCCUCAUCUCGACCCUUCUCUAGUGGAUAUCUCUCUUAAUAUUCCCGGUGGAUCUACCACAGCAAUCAUCGGUCGCACCGGCAGUGGCAAGUCGACAUUAGCGGUAUCGUUGCUGAGCGCCAUUCGGCCAGAAUCCGGUCGCAUUUUGAUCGACAAUAUCAACAUUGCCGACGUGAGCAAACAAGCUCUACGCACUCGGAUCACCUUUGUCGCUCAAGACCCUGUCCUCUUUCCAGGAAGUAUCCGUCUCAAUCUCGACCCCACAGACGAGUUCUCCGAUCAGCAGUGCGCGGAAGUGCUCGAACGUCUCUGUGCCCGCCAUGGCUGGACUCUCGAAACUCAUAUUGAAGCAGGCGGGAAAAACCUUAGCCAAGGGCAGCGGCAGCUCAUUGCGCUCACGCGAGCUGUGCUCCGACGGAGUGCUGUCGUCAUCUUUGAUGAGGCAACGGCAUCGAUCGAUCAUGAAACCUCGCUGGAAAUCCAACAGAUUGUUCGAGAGGAGCUGGAGCUGUCGACAGUGAUCACGAUUGCACACAGAGUUGAAGCUGUCAAGGAUGCAGACUAUUUUGUUGAGCUAGACCAGGGCCGUGUACUACGGGAGGGACGGGUUCGAGACUUGUAA